GGGAUGGAUAGCCUCGGCGAGAUCAUCACAUUGGUCAAAGUCCCAGCUGACGCGAGUCAGUCCCACCUCAAAAUUCAGGUCAUGGAGGCGCAAAUAAGCCCCUUUACUGCUAUCCUCUCCUUUCAUUCGACUUGUGUCAUGAACCUCAUCGCGUUUGACUGCGCAUACUCGCUGUACCCCAUCGCGACAUUUGGCACUCGAGAGACAUUACUCACGAGGGAGAAUGUCGACAGCACCCUCGUGAGCAAGUAUCGCCGCAGAGGGUGGAAACCUCAAUGGCCGAACUUGCUAGCCUACUCCGCCAGCUCUCGUGGCGACGAAUGGUCCCCUGAAACAGUUAGAUCGCUUCUAGACUCUCACACAUGGAGAGUCCCACUCGACGUCACCGGCGUGGAACCUCGCGCCCCUCCUUCUCCCAAGUCGCCCUCUAUGUCCUGGGACCCCGUCGUCGCAAACAGCUGGAAGUUCACGAUGACGAUCAGCAGCCACAACUUUAGCAACCUCUGGACUCACUGCUACUGCUCGGUGGUAAUACAGUCGACCGCUUUCCGUUACAACUAUGUCACUGCCGACCACAAAGUUUCAGCUCAAUUAUACACGUCUGCACACGAUUUACAAUCCGCCAGCGCAGUAUCUGAGUGGCGUGGCCCUCAUGCUGUCUUGAGAUUACCUAAACCGGCGGAAGAAUGGGAAUGGCUUGACGCGGACUUUCCAGUCCAAUGCAGAGACGCAGCCGAGAGGGUUUCGUCGUCAUCGCAGCCGUCUCCACUCGUCGAGAUAAUGGACAGCUUGGUCCCCGAAGGAUCACGUAGAUUGAGGUCGGAUUCGGUGACGAGCACCUCGACGUCUGCCAUACUGACAAGCAACCCCAUACAUCGACCACCGCAGCAGGACGUCGCACGUGCGCUACCACGCCUUAGGGGUUUGUUCAGAUAAUAUGUUGUGUUAACGCUGUUCCUCUCUUCCCUUCUCGAUCUUCCCGCUAUUCUAUGCUUCGCUUGCCACGCACGCGCCCUCGCCAACGUACGGGCUCUUGGCUAUAACACUUUCUCCGAUUCUAGAACCCCC